AUGCGUCGAAGGGACUCCAUGCACAGUCCUGGGAGUGGACGAAGUCUAAUUGCGACCAGAACGAGCCAGCAGCAGAGAAGAUUGCACGGCAAAAGCAAUUUGCCAAGAAGCUACUCAUCGCCAGCGUCAGAAGGUGAACAAGAUCAACAAAAUAAAUAUGUAAGAAGUUUUUCGUCACCGGAAGAAAAGUCAAAGGAAACUCAUGGAUCAUUUUGCCAACCAAAAUUCUAUAGUUCGAGAAGUGAAAUAGAUUCAGACCAAGAAACCUUUGAGCAGCUUGACGAUAGCUUCUUGGAUAUCGAUGCUGAUAUUGAAGAGUCGUUCCGGCAAUUUGAAAGGAGCUCUGAUGUAGAAGAACCUAAAAGAGUGGUAACCACUCUAUUACCGGGAAAUGGUCUCCAGAAGGUUAAAAUUAAACCUAUUCAUAGGAAACAAUUGCCUGAAACUAGUGUCACGCAAUCGCUUAAAAACACGCCUAAAGAAAGAGCAAAAGGUAUCGCACGGUUUCAUUUCCGACCUCUGAUAGUGAGGAUUCCGUCGCAAGUCAUCCCAAUCGAAGCCACACCAGCGACAUUAGAUGAACUGCAAACUUCUCCUCCUCUAGAGUCGGAGGUUGCAGAGAUAGAAAGGGAGAUGGCGGAUGCUGAGUUUCUUCUUAAUAAAGGCGCCACUAUUGCACUACAGGAGAGCGAUACAGAUACUUCGUGGCCUGAAAAGUUGCACGUUGACGUGAAAGGUGGAAAGCUUAAAGCUCGCCGCUUGCCCCAGAUUAAAAUCUGGGUAUACCGUCUCAUCAGAGGUUGGGUUUCGACAUUCGGCACUUGA